GCUAGUGUUGUGGAAAAGAAUGAAAAAUUAGGAAAGCACACUAAAGUUGAUGCACCGGCUGGUGAUUCAAGGGAAUCAGAACCAAUACCACUAGAAGUUGUUCCUUCUCAAUCAAGAAGGGAAAGGCUGAGGCUCCCUCCUUCUGCUAGUGUUGUGGAAAACAAAGAAAAAUCAGAAAAGCACACUAAAGUUGACGCACCGGCUGGUGAUUCAAGGGAAUCAGAACCAAUACCACUAGAAGUUGUUCCUUCUCAAUCAAGAAGGGAAAGGCUGAGGCUCCCUCCUUCUGCUAGUGUUGUGGAAAACAAAGAAAAAUCAGAAAAGCACUCUAAAUGGGAUUUUGAUCCCCCACCAAUGGACAUUAUGAGAUUCAUUGAUUUUCCCACACCCCGUGAACGUCCACCAUCAAAGCCAAGUGAAUGUAAUUCAGAAAGGAUCGCAAGGAAAUAUGAUGAUGAUUAUUUUUGGGACAAUUUAAGUGAAGAACAAUUUAAAGAACUUGAUGCCCAAAUUGAAGAUAUAGAAAGGAACAGGACAGAUAAGUCACUUUCUAGCAGUGCAGUUAAGCAAACUCCUGUACCUACAGAUAACCCAAUUGAACAUUUAGAAAGGAAGCCAAUAAGAGUUGAAAAGACAACAUCAGCUACAACCUAUGGUCUACAAUCUGCUCCCAGCACUUCACACACACCUGCGUAUCAACCUCCGCCCAGAAGGCCAACACGACCAGGGCGUGCUUUGCAGUCCCCAUAUAUUGAUUAUGGCAGAAAUGACUUGAAGUGCAGCAAGGUUGCAAGUCGUGCAUAUGAUGUGGUAUGCUUGGCCACUAGAAGGUCAACCAGGAGUUCGAGUCAAAGCUCAAGCCAAGGAGACGAUAUCAUAAUCAGUUAUCCAGAUUACUAUGUGAGCUUGAAGCACCUUUCUGAAUCAGUUAAACCAGGUGGAAAAUUAUUCAACACAGUAGCUGAAAUUGCUAUAUAUGCAUUAAAAGACAGAAAGGCCAAGAUCCCUGUAAAACAAAUACUCCCAUUAAGGAUAGCUCACUUUUUUCUCUAA